AGGGUCUUCAAAUAUAUACUGCAAUCAAUGCCGGUCACACAACAAACCUGCCCGGGUUCAAGAUGACAUGGGUUAGUCUGCAAAUGAUCUCCCUCUGGUUGCUGCUGAUCUUCAACGACCAGAAAUAUGCACUUCCCACUACACCUAGGACACCCAGAUGCGUCACCGCGGACGAGCUGAACCACCGCAUUAACCAUUUUAGGAGGAAUCAGGUACCCCGGAUUGUCUCUGAAAUCCCGGUGCAGGACACGCGCACGUGCGCUCAGGUGGACAACAACGACAAGAGCCACCGCUCCCUGUCCCCGUGGAAGUACAGCCUAGACCGAGACGUCAACAGGUUCCCUGAGGUGAUUGCUCUUGCAGAGUGCCUUUGUCAGGGCUGCAUCAUCGACCAGUAUGAGGAUCUAACAUACAACUCUGUGCUUGUGUUUUCUCAUCUCAUGGUCUUAAGGAAGACUCUGUGCCCGCAUGACCCAAACAAAUACGUGGUCAAAAAGGACCUUAUGAAAGUCCCAGUGGCCUGCACUUGUGUUGUGCCCAAGUCCAAUAGGUGAUCUGCACUAGUAGUGAACUAUUCUAAUCAUACACUCACAUCAGGGCUGACUUUAACUUGUACUAAAGUUAACUAUAAAAAAGUUAAUCCAUCUAGUAUCUCUAUGUGAUCUACUAUGGUGUCAUAGAAUACUAUAGUCAUUUGUUUGUCUUCUUAAAGUAUAUCAUCAUUAAUUUUAGAAAUAGGUUUUGGUGGUUUCAAGGGUGUGUCAUAAAGAGCCACAGUGAAACCAGAACUCCUGAGUCCUAUUCCAGAAGUAAGAAAACUCAUUCAAAAUCUCAUUAGAUAUUUGUCUUGACAGGUGUAAUUGUAGAUUUUUAGCCAGGCCAAUGCCACGGUGCUGUUCACACUGCCACAGUUCACUACACUGACUGGAUUAAAAUAUCUACACAACUUUGAGAUGGAGUGCUAUGACAUUUUGUUCAGACACCACAUUAUUAAUCUUUAAAGCUUUACCUUUAAAAACAGUGAAGUGCAUCAAAUAACUCUGAGUAUUGAGGCAUAAAUGUUAAAUAUUAUGCUUCAUUAUAAUAAAUGUGAGGAUCCCCACAGUGUUUCUUUUUAAUAUGCUUUUAAAAAUAAUGUUUAUAUCUUAUUUAUUUUGUCAAAGAUCAUGAAGACUCUAUUACUGUAACGUGACCAGUGAAUUAAGUUUAAACUCAUUUGGCCAGCUAGGAAUAUCACCCAUUGCUGGAUAAAGGGCGUAAAUGUGGAUUUAUUAUCACAUUGUUUUACACUUUAAAACAGUUUAUGAUGUAAAGUUGAAUUUAUAAGUUUUGUUUUUCUAAACCUUGAUCAUGAUGCAAAAAUUCGUGACCAAAUUAAAUGUGAAGUGGCUCUCAGAUUUGUAAUGGCAUGGCCCUCCACUGACCCACUGAGGUAGCUUCUUGUCACAGUUUAAUCUUUAAAUUAUUUUGUCUUGUGUAAAAUAUGAAAGCACAAAAAAGCCUCAUUCACUCAUGCAGCUGCUCAUCUCAUCUGAAACAUUUGUUCAGCUUUGUCCAUGUUUUUAUUAAUUUGCAACAACACAUUUUUUUUACAAUAUAUAUGUGUUUAACACAAGUAAAUGUUUCUUUGAGCCACUUGUCCUGUUGUCUUUUGUAUGGUAAUGGCAUCUCCUCACUUACAGCUUUCUUACUUUGGCUGGACGAUUAUUCAUGCUGUAAAAUCAUGGAAAACUACAGUCCUCAUAAUUUGGGGCCACUGGGGAUGUUUAGUUGUUGAGUUUGUUGGGGCCUCAACCCCUUCAGUCCCUGCUUAGCCCAUAUACAGUGUUAUAUUUUGGCCCCAUUAAAUGUAUGCCAAAUGACCUAUUAACAGUUUCUGUUUGCGGUAUACCCAUGGUUGUACAGAUAGCUGUCACUGGAUAACUUUCAUACUGAAGAAAAAUUAAAAAUGACAAAGAUAUAAAAGUAGGUUCUAGUCUGCUUAUAGAGAACUGACUAAAUCCAUGGGUCUGAAAUGAACAUUUGUGCAACUGGAAUGCAGCUAAUGUGGUGGCAUUUCAACCAAUGUAUGAUGUACAUAUGAAUGAACAACCCUUAAUUGAUAAUCUAUUAAGUAUGAGGUAGUCAUAUAAAGCCAUAGUAAUGAGAUCAUUUGUUAACGGUGUGUAACAGGAAUUCAUGAUACAGUAAAUCAUUCAUUAAAUCACGAGUCAUGCGUUAGUUGAACAUUACUCAAGAAUUUGACUUACACCUGUAUUCUCAAAUGGUACCAGACUUUAAAGUAUCCAACACAGUACAGAACAUUAAUGGAUAGAGCACAUUAAAACUACAAUAGGUAGCAGGUGCCAUUCUAAACAGGUGAG